AAUCCAGACGCCCCACCAGUGCACCAUGUGUGAAACUUCUCGACCGAUGUCGGAAAUGGUUCAUCAUAAAAGUGAUGAGAACACAGUGGAGCUUUUCUGCACUCGUACCUGUGUGACGUCUUACACAUUACGGCCCGCAAUCGUAUACAAACUUCAAGGAAAGAAAGGCUCAGAUGGGUUGAAGAAGAAGAAAUACAAGCAAUCAAAUGCGACAUUGAUUAUUAAGGAUGCAAAGACCACUUCAGACUCCGCUGUAAAUGAAAAUGACGCAUCUGCCGCUGAUUCGGACACACCAACUCUGAUCAUUACAGACUCGUGUGUUCUCUGUUGCCACUGUGGAAAGAAACUGCCGAAAGGACAGACUCUUUACCAGCCGCAGAACUCCCCGGAGGUUUUUUGCUCAUCCUCUUGCCUCUCUGAAAGGCAUCCCAGCAUCAAAGUAGCCACCAAGAACUGCUACAACUGCUUUCAGGUGAUAAUGCGGCCUCACAACAUAAUCCUCGCUCCGGUUGAUGAUUCGGGAACUAUGAAGGAAUUAUGCAGCAACACCUGCCUCUCUUCUGUCAACUCAAAGAGGAAAAUUACUGCCCCACAACCCCCACCUCUAACAGGACCUCGGUCAGAGUGCAGGAUGUGCGCCAAAUUCUGCUUUUGCAAAUUCAAGCUGAACCUGGAUGGCUUAAUGUACAGAAUAUGCAGCGACGCCUGCUUCAUCAACUACCACAAAGUCAACAACUUGCCCCUGUUUGCUUGUGACGUCUGCAGCUCCGUCUGCCACUACAAACGGUUCAUGCUGAAGAUGGAUGACGCCAGUAAAACCAUCUGCAGUGCAGAAUGUCUGGUCAAGUUUAAAGAG